GUUUGUUCUCCACACUCCACAGCUGUUCGGUAGCUGUCAAAAAUGUUGAGAGAUGCGUAUGCUCUCGUGUCGUGUCGUAGAGAUAUGGUUUUGGUUCCACGUUAAUCAACGUCGCAGAGUACCCCGCAGCGACAGUGAUAAGCAGUGGGCGGGGACACGGAGCUCGAUGCACCAAGAUUGCAGACUUUGUCCUUAAAUGCCCCGCACCGUGCCGCGCUGCGUUUCGCGUUUCGCUCUACGUUAUUCCGGAGAGAUCGCGCGACGUGGAGGGAUAACUUCUGGUUCUCUAAUUAUCGCGUGAAAUUACUUGCCACGUAUAAACGAAUUGAAACACGCAUCGCGACGCGAUAAUGGCGUGUCUGCUGUCGAACCAGGAAAAUGUAUGCUUGAAAAUACCGUCGGCCGACACGACGGACGGAGUCACGUAUUAUUGCAUCGAGAUUGGGAUUGCAUCGAUCAAAUGGACCGUGAGACACAGAUACAAUGACUUUGCGGAAUUGCACGAGAAGCUCGUCUCCGAGCAUUGCGUCGAGAAGGAUAUUUUACCGCCGAAAAAACUCAUUGGUAACAAGUGCGAAGCCUUUGUGGAGAAACGUCGGCAGAGUCUCGAAAUAUAUCUCAACGCUGUUUAUAAUUAUUUGAAGAAGGCAAUGCCUAGAGAAUUAGCUGUAUUCCUAGACCUACAUGUGUACGAUAUAUACUUUCUGCUACAAAGUAUGGCCUUGGAAUUCUUUACGAAUGGCAAUACUCUUCUACAGAGUUCAAGCUAUAAAUUUAACCCUGUACAGCUUUAUGCGAUUAGCGAGAGACUGAAACAACCGUGUCCCUCUUUGGAAGUUGUGGAUAAAAAAUACGAUUUUAGUCACGUUUUGGACUUUAAUUCUCACUUAACUAAUCUCACGAUUGAAGGAAGUUUAGAACCUUAUAAAACUAGUAAUAUUUAUUCGUCUGCAUUAUCUAUAGAAUUAUCCACCUUCAAAAACGUGCAAUAUUUGACAGUCGAUCGAUAUCCCGUGGAUAAAGUCUAUAAUAUGGGAAAUCUUCGAGAUACCGUGACUACACUAAAAGUUACUAAUACUAAGCUCAGAAACAUUGUAGAAUUGGCCAUGUGCGAAGAAGUUCAUAAAAAUAUCAUAAAUGCCAAUGAUUCUCAUGUAUGGUUAAAAGUUACACAUUUGGAUCUCAGCGAUAAUCGCAUAGAAGUCAUAGAUGAGGCAAUUAAAUUAUUGCCGCACAUAGAGUGUCUGACAUUGAACAACAAUCACUUGUCUGAGAUUUCCAAUGUUACGUUAUUACCGAGAUUAUCUCAAUUGUAUCUAGCAUCGAAUAAUUUUACCAGUCUGCCGGAUGAUCUUUACACAAGACUCGGAUACAUCGUAUAUAUCGAUUUAUCGCAAAACAAAUUAACGUCACUCGCUAGUUUCUCAAAGUUAUACUCUUUGGAGGGAUUGGAUGUAAGCUGCAAUCGCAUCGAAAAAAUCGAGGAGGUAAAACACAUCGGUCAUCUACCUUGUUUGGAGAAUCUGAGAUUGACUGGUAAUCCAGUAUCAACAAUAGUGGAUUAUAGAGUUAAAGUUUUGGAGCCGUUUGGUAAGAGAGCUGCCGAUAUCUGUCUUGAUAACGAGAAGCCGAAUCAAAAAGAACUCGAUACCGUGUCGAUUCACCAAGCGUUGCGCAUUGCGAGAGAAGGUAAAUCACCAACGUUUACCGCAUCAGACGCGCCGUUAUUUUCCGCCGAAAUCCCGAGUAUAUAAAAAUUUUAACCGAGUAUAUACCGAGUGUAUACCGAGAAUAUAAAAAUUUUUUUAAUAAAAAAAUUUUUACUUUUCUCUUUUAUCACGAUAAACAUGUUACGUGAAUAAUAUUUAGAUACGGAACAAAAAUGUGUUUUAUAUUGUAACAUGUAAAUUUUAUCAAUUCGAUUCGAGACUGAUCCUCUUUUUUUUUCGCAGCAAAGCCGCGUAAUAUUGUUUCCAAUCUCGAUACUUUAAUUAAUAUUUUAUUAGUACGUUUUAUUGGCUAGUAGAUAACGUGUUUUUUAUCACUUUUACCACAAUGAUUCAAAAAAGUAUGCCAAAAUAAUAAAAGAUAAUACGACGUCUUCAUGUUAUAAUCUUGUACAUAAAUCUAAAAGAUAAAACACGUUUUUGUCAAGUAGAAGUAAAACUCUAUAGAUCCAUGACAAAAAUGUAUGAAUAUAACUUGUACAAUUCGUGAAAUAAAUCUGUAAAACUUUUGCUAUUUUAUACAUGCAAUAUCGAUAUAAUCAUGUGCAAUUUUAUAUCGAUUGUUUGUAACAAUGAACAGAUUUGUCUAUCGUAAAUUGUAUACAGGAUUAUAGGAUAUAUAGGAUUAUUUAAUAUUUUUUUAUCGAAACUCUUUUCCUAGAGAUAAUACGAAUACAAAAGUCAAUCAUGUAAUAUUAUUUAUUCCGAAAUAUAAUGUUUAAAUUCUCUUGUUUUAAGAAACAAUACAAACACAAAUGUUGUAUAACAAUUUUAUAAUAAUUCAACGUAAGAGAUUUAUUUGUAUAUAAAAAAAUAUUUUGUUAAUAAAGGCAAAUUAAACAUCUAUGAUAUGUAUCUUGUUAUCAAUGUGCAAUCUAAAUACUGUUGUUAACGGAAAGUACGUUUCACACACUAAAUUGUUACAAAUUUUUCAAACUUAUAUGCAUAUUAUUACUCACCCUAUGUUUCACGAAGGUUCCUCUCAUUGUCAGGGAAAUAUAAAUUGUAUAUAAAUUUUCUUAUCAUCAAUUUUUAUUUAAACUUGUGUUUGCAUUACCUUUAAAUAUUAUGCGCAUUUCGAAAAUAUUAAAAUAUCCAUAAAUAAUAUCAGUAUAUAAUGCUCAUGUAUAUAUACACACACUAAGCAUUGUGUUAUAGUCUUUUAACGUACACCUAAACUAACACAUAUAUAUAAGUUAACCAUUACAAACAAUCGCUUUUCCAUACAUUUGUAAUAAUUUCGAUUCGUUGAUACGCGGUGCACAAGUAAGCAGUAUAGCUCACAAAUUU